AGAAAGUAUGACGAUACAUCGUGAGAUCAUUUCCUCGUUAAUAGUUUGCUUUGCGUAGUUGUUGUGCGAAGAAGAACUCGAUCAGUCGAGGCGCACUGUCUAGCGCGAGUUUUCGUUCUACUUGCUCCGACAGCAUAAUUUAACGAUAGAACCUAGCGUCCGAUUGAUGAAAUUCUAACAUAUGCAGGUGAUAAGACUAUAAGCUGAUAACAGCAGUGUAUUGUGAUGAGGCCGAACGAGCAGGUUGUCGACUGAAUAAGGUUUGAAAUUAAACAUCUCUUCGAAAUGGCGGCACCAGAUGAGGCAUUCGAUCGAAUCAUGGAAAGCGUGGGAGAUGAUGGACCUUUCCAGAAACGAUAUAAUUUGAUCUUCAAUGUCAUCGCGGUUAUUUUCUUCUCCAUGACGGUGGUGAAUGUGUUACUGAUUUUAACGGUACCAGACCACAACUGCUUGGCACCAGGAAUGGAUAUGUACAACAUAAGCAAUGCAGAACAGUGGAGGAACUUAACUUUGCCUAGAGAGGUAAACAGCCGUGGAGAGCCAAGUUAUAGUUCAUGUACAAUGUAUGACUUGUCGAAGUAUCCGGUUGGCACCAAAGCUGAAGAGUUGAUUUUUGAAUCGAACGAAACAACAUCGUGUAUUCAUGGAUAUGAGUAUGAUAAGGAGUAUUUCGAUAGCAUUCCCAUCACCGAAGAGGAUUGGGUUUGUGACAAGGAGUUGUACGCUACGAAUACGUUCGCUUUUAUCCGAGUUGCUGAAGUGAGUGGAACUUUUGUGCUUGGACAGCUAGGUGAUCGGAUAGGCCGUCUCCCGGUAUAUCUCAUAAGCAUUAUGACGACGACAAUAGGCCGGACAUUGGCCGUGUUUGCAGCACCUCAUUACUGGAUUUUCGCUGGGCUUGCAUUUCUUGGGAGUUUUUCCUCGAAUACCUCGUUCCAAUCACCGCUCAUUGUAGCGAUGGAGAUUUCGAAAGAUGAAAAUCGAGCCGCCCUCUCGAUGUGGCAGCUGUUUGGAUGGACAAUUGGAGUCUGUAUUGCUCCGUUAAUUCUCUGGUGGUGUCGCAACUGGGUUUGGUUCAUGCUGAUUACUUCGAUUCCCUGCUUGCUUUUCUAUUGUUUGCCUCAUUAUAACAUCGAGUCGCCCCGCUGGUUAGCUGGUCAAGGUCGCUAUCGGGAUUGUAUUCGCGAGUUAGCGAAAAUUGCCAAAGUGAAUGGUAAACGAUUUCUUCUGACCGAAGAAGAUCUUAGAAAACAGAUUCCGGAGAAGAAAGUCGAACAAACUUAUGGUAUGGCUUCGCUCUUCAGUGGACUACACAUGGCAAAAUUAACCUGCCUGUUGAUAAUAAGCUGGAUUUGUAAUACCAUUCCGUCGUUUACAUUAUUUUUGCUAAGUAUGCAAAUGGGAGGAAACCCAUUCCUCAACUUCUUCUGGCAGGGUGCCAUCGAGUUGCCGGCAUAUUUCUGUGGUCAGCUGUUGUGCAAUCGGAUAGGACGACGGUUCACAAGUGGAGGAGCCUUCCUUGGAGUUACGCUUUCUUGUGUUCCCGUCGUGUUCAUCAUCCAUCACCCCGGAACUGAGUUGUACGCUACGAUAUUCGCCGUGAUUAUCAAGUUCUUCACUUGUAUCACUUAUUUUGGACUAUCCUUGUUGUCAUUCGAGGUCUACCCCACUUCCUUGCGGCAAACAGGCGUAUCAUUUGGGGUUAUCAUCGCUAACGUGUUCGGAGCUGCUGGUCCGUAUAUAGUUUAUCUUGGCACCGCCUUCGACAUUCGGCUUCCGUUCGUCGCAAUGGGGAUAAUAGCUAUGGUUGGGCUUGCUGCAUCUAUGUGUCUGCCGGAAACACUACACCAGAAACUACCAGAUACGAUGGAAGAUGGCCGGCGGUUUGGUAAAGAUCAGCUCUUUUGGAGUUUGCCCCAGAAGAGCGACCGACUGCAGGCUCGUGAAACGGAGAGACUCAACUGCGGUAAAGUGGUAACGGAAUUUCGAAUAGAUCAAUAGCUUGAACGAGAUGAUAUGCAGCAGGCAAUACAGGGAAAUUUAUGUUAGAACUAUCAUCUCGAAUUGAUAAAAACUGGGUAUAAAGGGGAUUAAAUGUUAGGGGCUAUGUAAAACUUUAUCAGUCCACCGUUUAUGUAUAGAGAUUAAUAAAACGUAUAUCCAAUGAGAUUGAGAAAUUUUAUAGAACUAGCUCCUAUCGUGAUUUUAUUGACUAUGCAUUCCUGUUGACUAUUAAUUUAAAUUUCGUGUCACAUGUGUCACCGUAAACAUGGGUCAUACUUCUUUUUAAUUUUUCACGGAAUAUACUCAGGGCAAUGAAAAAAGCACUAGGGUAAAUGAUCUUGAUUUUUCCGAUUUAGGGUGUUUUCACGUACCUAAUAAAUGCAAAUCGGUUUUUCUUCAUGAAAACCACAUAUAAUCAAUACGAGUUUGGGUUUGUUCAAAACCCCCAAAUUUCUAGUUGCUAAUACUAAUACUGAGGCGUUGAAAAUAUUCAAAUUUCUAGGUUUUUAACGAUUUUCCUCAAAGAGAAAUUAUGAUCAUGGUUUGUCCAUCUCUGAUUAUGGUUUGUCCAAAAAAUGAUCAUGGUUUGUCCGAUUUUAGAAAUCACCAUUUUUGAAUGAAAAAGUUCGAAUUUUCAAGUCGAUUUUGCAUUUUUCAUUGCCUGAGUUUACAGUGAUCAUAUUGAUCCAUUCAUAAUUUAGGCUUUCUCCAGAAUAUUGCCUUUUCUUGGGCAUUUUAAAAGUGUUCACCUCAACACACUCAACACAGAGAAACUUUGUUUCUGCUAUGCGCGAAGGGCACCAUAAACAAAACAAACAAACUGCAGCGCGCCUAGCGGUUGCCAUAGAAAUCAUGUGGAUAAAACAACAUUAGUGAAUCGGACAACUCUUGAUCAGAAUUGAAUUCAUCUAAAUGCGUUUAUUACAUGGUUUAGCUAUGUAAAUCUGAUACAAAUGGUUUGCAAGCAUGAUGUUUACAAUAUUUGUAAGUGUUAUAAUCCAGAAAAGGUCUGAUUGAUUAAUAGUUAGUUCGAGUGAGGAGCGCAUUGACACCAAUAGAAGGUUGAUUUUAUAAUAUUUUAAAACAUCUGAAUCCGUAAAAAUAUACUAUAAAACGACUGUCAAUCAUGAUAAAGACAAUUUCAUUUAUAUGUUGUGAAACAUUUGAAUACAUGAAUUAGAGCAUUCAAAAAAGUGGACAAACCAUGAUCAUAUUUUCGAUUGGACAAACUAAAAUCAUUUACCUUAUAUGUAUUUCUUGAAAAUUUCUUCCAAUUGAAUAUAUAACAAGGUGCAGUCUAAAGAAGACAGUAGCCGUUGUGCGAGGUUACUUUUGCAGCUGUUUUUUUUUCUUCAAGAUAAAGUUCAAGAUAAAGUUGGUUAUACGAGGGUCGUUCAAAAAAUAAGUUUCAGUGCCUCAGAAAUCACGGAAAAAUAUAGUUAAGACAAAAAACGAGGUGAUUUUCGUAAUCUACGUUUUAUUUUCUAUUUUUCUACAUAAUCGCCGUAACGUUCGAUACAUUUUUCAUAGCGUGGCACGAGUUAUCGAAUCGUUGAUCGCCGAACGCCUAUUUCAUCACCGUACUAUUGUGAAGUUUUGGACCGAUGAGGAACAAAGAGUCGGGUUUAUUGACGAAAGGAGUGUUCCUCAUCCACAAUAAUGCGCGGCCCCAUUCUGCUCGCGUAACUCAGGAGCAAUUGAAAAAUUCAAAUGGACUGUGUUCGAGCAUCCUCCUUACUCCCCAGAACUCGCCCUAGCGACUAUCACUUAUUCCCGGUGAUGAAACAGGCGUUCGGCGAUCAACGAUUUGAUAACACUGAAGAAAUUCGUGACGCAGUUAGAAUAGAAAAACUCGUGCCAAGCUAUGAAAAAUGCAUCGAACGUUACGGCGAUUAUGUAGAAAAAUAGAAAAUAAAGGGUAGAUUACGAAAAUCACCUUGUUUUUUGUCCACACUUUAUUUUUCCGCGAUUUUUAAGGCACUGAAACUUAUUUUUUGAACGACCCUCGUAGAAACGAACUUUUACGAUCAGCACGAAGAGAUUUUUUUCGUUUGAAGAUGUCUGCCAUUUUACCCUUUCCCAUCGCUGUGAAAAAUUCCUGUCCUGGAACCUGCUUGAAGUCCGAUUUCGUCAACUUCUCAAUUUAAAUGAACAAACUUUAUUAAGAUACAGUAAUCAUUCGAUUGUGCUCCCGUGGCCGAGUGGUUAGCGUCAUAACUAACAUGCCGGGUGUUCGGGUUCGAUUCCCGUUCUGGUCGGGGGAAUUUUUCGUCAAAGAAAUUUCCUCCGACUUGCACUGUGAUCACGAGUAUUCUAGAGCUUGCCACUCAGAAUGCAUUCAAGGCGUGUUAUUUGGCAUAGAAAUCUCAACUAAGUACUAAUAAAAAUGACGCAAGUAAUACUACGUUGAGACGGUGAAGUUCCUCUAGGAACGUUAGUGCCAUUGAAGAAGAAGAAGAAUCAUUCGAUAACUGGGCGGGAAGGGAAGACAUUCACUUUUUAACUGGAACGGUAUGUAAAACAAAUAAAAUCGAGGAGAAGAUCAUGAAAUUGGAUAAACAAAAGGUUUCCACUGAAUGUUUUGCAUUGAGUGCGACAACAAGUAUGAUAUAUAAUUUUGGGGAAAUUUUUUUUCUGUAAGUUUAUCAAUGUUUUGUCAUGCGAAAAUAAUUUUUAUUUUUAUAACAUCUCAAAUUACAUUCCAAUGUCUCUCACAGCAAAUCUUCAAAUUGAAAAUGGUGUCAAUUGUUUACGAAAUUCUGCUUUUUAACUGGUCCAAAGACCACCUCCACUGUGUAUUUUUAUCUACUUUCUUACUACUUACUUUUGUAACUCUCCAACUAGGAGUAGGAGUGGGAGGAGACUCUGUAGGUCGAGCAGUGUUUCGUCCCAAACCCUAUUGGGACCGAUAACACAGUCAGUAAGUUGGAACGCACAAUGACAAAACACGAGUCCACAAGUCAGAACUCUUCGUGGGUAGAUUUCCCAAUUCCGUGGGGAUUACUUGAGGUUUCUCUGUUGACCAGUAAUUCUGUCGAUUGUCUCUCUUCAGGGCCUUUCCCUGUGCGUCCAUAUGAAACGUCCCCUGGCGAGCCUAUAGGGAGGAGCCAAGACAUAAAGGCCCGUUGGUCGGUUCUGACCAACAAGUAUCAUUAGUACAUGUGAUGUCAGCAUUUCAUUUUAUCGACCAUUAUAUAAUAUCUAGACCAGUUUACUACCGCGUACUUCUAUUCUUGGGGACAGUCGAGGACAGAAAGAACUAGCACAGUUUAAACCGAGAAUAAAUAAGUGGCUGUCCACAUAGCACGAUAUUAGACACCCCCUCCCCCUCCGUGAACAAACGUGGACAUUAUCUAUACCCCUCCCCCAGUAGUGCACGUAGACAUUUCACCAUUUAAAAAAAAAAUCGGAAAAUAAUUGAAUUGCGCUUAAAUUUCUAUUUCAGUUGAGUUUCUAUUUUCUAUAGAUGGUUUGAUAUUGAUAAACAUGUUAAAUCUAUAAAUAGCAGCGGGUUGUUCUUAAUUCUUUGAUUUGUUCCCCAUCAUUUCCCGUGAAGUUAUUUGUAUGACUAACUGUUUUUUUUUUCUAAAUUCCAUUCACGAUGUUGUUACGUUAUAUUACGUUAUUUAUUCUUAAUUUUUUUAGACUUUCAGUUAUCCUCUCCUCUUCUGAGACUCCUGGGCUGGCAAAAACGACCCGCGAUCCGUGAAGUGUGUUUACAAUGAACUAAUUACCAACAUGAAUUGAUUUUACAUACAUAUACGAA